AUGGCUGGUAUCGUCGGCAUCAUCGUUGUCUGCUUCUCAAUCAGGCUAGUUUUAACAUCCAGCUCCGACGCUCCACCUCGAGAUCCCUUCGUCAUAUCUAAUAACGCUGAACGAUCACCUAGAACUAUUGAGACCACCAGCAAUGAAAAAGAGCUGCUAUCCUCUGCGAAUAAUUGGGGUUUCGUCGAUGAUUUGACCGAGUGGCCUGAAAAUGAUGCUGAAAUGUCCACAAAGAACAUUCCAGAAAAAAUCAUCACAACUACGCCAUACUAUGAAGAAGUUGAUCCAGAUCGUAAUGGUUUAUUAAAGGACAUUGGGACGAUAAAUGUCGGAUUUGGAGUUGGUGUUGGUGUACCCGGCAACGAUCCUGUUCGUGUCGGUUCAAGGGUUGGCGUCGGUUUCGGAGCAUCUGGCUUAGCAGGAAAACUACCAAUUGGUGAAGACAUCUACCCUAGGCAGGGCGAAUGGCAAUCGUUGAAUGACUACGAUGGUAAUAAAGCGAAUAUAGUUCCAGAUCGUGCCAGGAAAUAUUGGCAAGCAGUGAGGGAAGGACGUAUAAAAAUCCCGCAUUAUCGACCAGCAUCAUCACUUGUUGGAGUCGGCGGAAAUAUUGGCGUUGGAUAG